ACGCCUCCACGGAGCUUCUCUACUCUUUGCAGUUUCCAGAUGCAGGCACAGAAACUCCAAGAAACAAGUACUAGUUCAAUGUGAGAAUUAAGAUCAAGGAUUACAGUUUUCUGCGUGGAACUGGAAGGUUGGCUUCACAUUUUUAUCAUGAAAGAGAAACUUCUUAAGUCUUUCUGCCUCAUGCCAGAACACUAAAUUGAUUCCUUUUUUUUUGGUUCUAGUACUGGUAUUAUUAUUUAACUGUAUUCCAAAGUUUGGACUCAUGGACUGAUCAGAAGUUUUCACAUCUUGGAAUAAUGAGUGACUCCUCCUGGAUUCAUUUUUAUAUGGGGAUUUAACAGUUGUUUUUAGAAAAGACUGUAUAUGGUACAUUUUCCAAAAGCUAUGGAAUUUUCUUUGCGAAUUAACCUUUUUGCAGCUUUUGUCUCAUGCAUUAAGGUUUAUGCUCAAGUGGUACAACCUGUGAAGCAUCCAGGCCUGCAGGUGUUGGCCACGGCCUCACAUUAUUGGCCUCUCGAUGCUGUGGACGGAAUCCAUGAACUGUGGGACCAGAUUGGAAACAGACCAGGUUAUGUUAACGGAAGCAACAUAACACUCAGAAUCCACAACCACACUGUGCUCCCCUCCUCCCAUAACUCUUCCUAUGUGUAUACCAAUGACUCUGCCUACACUAACAUUUCUGCAACAGUAGACAUUGUUGAAGGAAUGGUUAACAAGGGCAUCUUUCUGAAUGGAGAUAACGGUGGUACCUUCCUCCACUUUGGAAACUACCAGAACUCUUGCAUUAGUGAUCCUACUUUGUGCAGUCCUGACGGGAUUACCUUCUCCUUUUUCUGGAAAAACCAUGAGGCAGAGUCCCGCUUUGCUGUUGCCUCUGGAGGGAAAGUUAUCUCCAAUGGCUUCUCUGUCUACACCAAUCCCUUCGGAGGAUAUGUGGAGUUUUACACUCGAGGCAACAACCACAGAUGGAAGGCCAACAUCAGAGUUCCAGGGCCUUUCUGGACGCACAUUCUCUUCACAUGGACAAAAAAGGCUGGUCUGAAGGUCUACAUCAAUGGGACUUUCACUGUCAGUGACCCUGCUGGCAAUGUCUCAGAGAACUAUGGAGACCCCUACCCUGACCUUGUCAUUGGAACUGGCAACGACAGGGCGUACGGUCACUACGUAACAGGCGCUUUUGACGAGUUUGUGAUCUGGGAAAGGGCCCUUUCUGCUGACGAGAUUAGGCUGUACUACAGUGCCGCCAUAGGUGAAGCCAUUGCCUCUGCCACGACACCCAGAUUCUCCAAAGAGGUCACUUCAACGACGCCAACAGUCAGAGCCACUGAAGUGAGUCCUCCUGUCGUCAGCAGUCAGAGCGAGGAGGUCCAAAGCUCCCAGGACCCGGAGUCCAUGCCAGUGUUGGGCUUCCUGAAGGCUCUGCCCAAUCGGACCAUUCCUCACAACACUGCCAACAACCUCACACAGGCUUUUCUCAAAAGUGUGGAAGAAGUGCUGUCCUCUCCAGGGCUGCCAGAGCAGUCCACCCCUGUGGUCAGCGGUCUGAUCGAGACCGUGGACAGAGUGAUGGAACACAUGGUGACUAACCUGGAGCCCAGCCCGAACUCUCUCAUCUCCCUGGGUGGAACAUCUUUUGUUGCAGAUUACUCUUUGAUGAAACUCCCACUGAACUACAACCUGCCGCAUUAUCGCUUCCCCACACAGGGCAAGAACUACAUCUCUGUGCCAGGGGAGGCUUUCACCAUGCAGUCUCAAACCACGAUCGUUGGCCUCUUCUACCACAACAUGCACAACUACUACAAUGAGAUCAGCCCUGUUAAGACCAGGAUUAACGAAGCAGCCGAUUUCAAGGAUCACAAGAUCCAGGUAGCAAGCUGUCUAAUCUCUCUGAAAGUGGAGCCUUCACCAGCCUUGUCAAUCAACCUCUCAGGAGCACCACUCAUCAAGAUCGUCCUCACCCACGUCCUGACUAAAGAACAGCAGGACCAAGUACUAAAUCAGAGCAAUAAAGUCUUCCUCUACUGUGCCUUCUUGGACUACAGUUCAAAUGAGGGAGUGUGGUCCAACGAAGGUUGUGUGCGCUCAGAUGGAAACAUGACGUACUCUGUAUGUCUGUGCAACCACCUCACCAACUUUGCCAUCCUUAUGCAAGUAGUGCCCUUAAAGCUCACUACUGGCCACCGGGUGGCACUAUCAGCCAUUGGUUAUGUUGGCUGCUCAAUUUCCAUCUUCUGUCUUGCCAUCACUCUUGUCACCUUUGCAGUCCUGUCGUCAGUGAGUACCAUCCGUAACCAGCGCUACCACAUCCACGCCAACCUGUCCUUCGCCAUCCUGGUGGCCGAGAUCUUACUGCUCAUCAGCGCUCGCUUCGACCCGGGCACGCUGCCUUGUAAGGUAAUGGCUAUCCUGCUCCACUUCUUCUUCCUGAGCGCCUUUGCCUGGAUGCUGGUGGAGGGCCUCCACCUCUACAGUAUGGUGGUGAAGGUGUUUGGCUCCGAGGGCAGCAAACACUUCUACUACUAUGGCAUUGGCUGGGGCUCUCCUUUGGUAAUAUGCGUGGUGUCCAUUACAUCAGCUCUGGACAGUUACGGCGAGGUUGACAACUGCUGGCUGUCAAUGAAGAAUGGAGCCAUCUGGGCGUUUGUGGCACCGGCUCUGUUUGUCAUUUUGGUGAACAUAGGCAUUCUGAUAUCUGUGACCAGGAUCAUAUCUCGCAUCAGUGGAGAGAAUUACAAGGUUCAUGGAGAUGCCAAUGCAGUCAAGCUGACUGCAAAGGCAGUAGCUGUGCUCUUGCCUAUACUCGGCAUUUCCUGGAUCUUUGGUGUUCUUGCUGUCAACACACACUCUUUGCCAUUCCUAUAUAUCUUUGCUGUGUUCAACUCAUUACAAGGGUUCUUUGUUUUCUUAUUUCACUGUCUUCUCAACUCUGAGGUCAGAGCUGCUUUCAAACACAAAACCAAGGUGUGGUCUCUGACCAGCAGCUCCAUCCGAAACAUCAAUGUGAAGCCCUUCAACUCUGACAUUAUGAAUGGAAACAAGGAGGGUGUGACUCCCACCAAGAUGAACACAUGGGACAAAAGCACCAACUCAGCCAAUCGUAUCGACCUCUCCGCAGUGUAGAACCACAGAUCACCAUUUCUGUCUGUGGCAGGAGAGCAAUCUGAAGCUCACUAGUGUAGAACGACAAACACUGGCAAGAGCAUUCUCCCACUAUGUUAUGUAAUGAAUUGGAUUCUCAUCCAUUGAAGAGAAAGUGCUGCCAAAUGAGGUGUUGUGUGACUGAAUAAUAACUUUGCAUUUAAAGACAAACAGACUCUAAGGACUGUGCCUGAUUACUGUGUCAUAAAAACAUUUUGUGUUCCCAAAAUCAAGAGCAGGGAUCUCUGAGGAGAAGGUCAGUGAAGUGACAGAGUCUUAAGAUCCAUGAGGGUAAUUCAGGGUCUGGCAAUGACGCGUCUCAGUUGUCUGCUGCCUGGUCCAUCUGUAUAUUGCAGUUGAUUUACUGGUUGGCCAGAGUUUAUUUAAGGGAAUAUUUCAUUUAGGAAUUUCACUUGUUUGGUCUCUUGCCAAGAGUUACAUGUGAAGACUGAACCCACUUGUCAUGUCUACAUGGUAAAUAUGAAGCUAACGCCAGCAGCUAGUUCACUUAGCUUAGCACAAAGACUGGAAACAGCUGGUCUGGCACUGUCCAUAGGACUAGCUGUGUCCUGUAUCCAGAAUUUGUGCUCAACCAAGCUAACAUGCUAACGUAUGCCAUCUGAUGAUAGGGGUAGCCUCAUUUUUAGCAUACAUCUUUUCAUCUAACUCUUGGCAGGAAAGCCUAUUGUCUAAAAUGUCAAUCUAUUCCUUUAAAUCACAGUGACAUGUUUUGACAUGUCUCACACAGUAAACUAGUGCGAUUAUGUCUGCUUUAACUUACAUGCAGAAAAUGUAACAUUAAAAUUUGAGAUGGUGAUGUUAAGUAUUUUCAGGGUAUGUUUAGAGACAAAUGCAUAACCUUAGACAGAAAAAGACUAAGGAAAGUAUAAACUAAAGUAUAAUUUUCCUUAACUAUAGUGUUAGAUUUAUUCCUUAAAAUCAACGACAUAAUGGCUUCAACAGCUAUUAACAGUAUUCAUCAACAUAAAGGACAAAUUGCCAAUUUUACCUGGAUGAACUUCUCAAAGAUUCACCUGAUUCAUACAGCUUUAAUCCACAUUUGGGGACAGCACAACACAAUAUUAUGUUGUGCUGUCCCCAGAUGUGGAUGAAGUAGCAGUGAAUUAGACCCUAUGUUAUUCUGGUAUAAUGUAUUUAUUUAUUUUGUGAGUUCUGAGUUCUUUAUCAUGUCUCCUUUUAAAGUGUCACAGCUCAACAAUCAGUGUGUUCUCAUGUUAAAUUCUGUGUUUAUUUGUGUGUUUUCUCUUCUAAAUGAAUUGACUGCAGUACCUCACAUCUUACUAAGCUGCAGUAUGUUUUGCUUUUUUGAUGAAUAGUGAAUACUGGUUGUGUUUUGGACACAAUUCUGUGAAGUUUUAUGGCGUCUCUAGCUAUUCUGUUGCUAAUUUCUUUUACAUUUUCAUACAUUUUUUGUACGAUAAAAUAUGAACUAUGUUCUGCAACAGAGGGACUUGAUGAGGUUGUUGCUUUUUUUUUUUCUUAACAUACUGUGAGAAUGGAGGGAGAUGGCACGUUUUAAAAUGCCAUUGAUCUUACACUGUACCAACAUUAAGUUUCCUAAAACAGGAUUUACUGUAGGUCACUCUGCGCUCACUUUUCUUGUCAGAUUUAAAGUUAAAUAUUUCAGUAUUUCUAAGCCUGUAUAUGGCCUCCGAUGAUUGUUGUCUUAUGGUACUAUGGUUUGUGCUUCCAAUUAUCUUUAUUAAAAAAUGUUUAUGACAAGGAA